AUAUAUAAUAUAUGCACUGAUAAGACGUUUCAAGCUGAAUAGUAAAAGUAAUAGUGGCAUCGUUACCAUGAGGACACAUACGAUCUCGAAUGGCGUGUUUGUGUUGAUAUGUUGGAGCGUUACACGAGGCUACCAAGACUCUAUGGGGUCCUUGGAUGCACGGCGUUUUAUUGAGGGUGGGUAUCAUUGGUCGCCCUGGUCGCACUUCUCGGCGUGUGACUGCCACCGCCAGCUGCAGCAGCGCGAGCGGCACUGCUUGAGCGGCGCUGGGAGUCUGGCACCAGGCAACUGCGGCCACGACGCGGCCGUCGUCUUCCUGCCAUGUGACUGUAAUAACCAAGGCGGUUGCCAUGACAACUACACAUCCUGUCAGACUAGUUACUGCUCCACCUACGAGGCAUGGUCUUUAACCAACUGCCAGGCGACAUGCGGCCACUGUAACCCCGCUGGAUGGGGCGCGUGGUCGGCUAUGAGCAGCUGUUCUGUCACGUGCGGCACGGGUACAAUGACACGUCAUCGCAACUGCCUUGGAACCGACGUAUGCGCUGGCAGCAGCCAAGAGGAAUACAAGUGCAAUGUCGGCACGUGCAUUGACCCGGUUAACGGCGGCUGGAGCCCCUGGAGCCAGUUCAGUCAAUGCAGCCAAUCGUGUGGGUUCGGGGUACGUGCUCGCUCACGUCACUGUGACAGUCCUGCCCCACAGGGCACAGGGCUGUUCUGUAUCGGCGAAAGCAUACAGCGAGAAGCCUGUAACACCGAGGUCUGCCCAGUGGACGGCUUUUGGACGCAGUGGAGUCCCUGGACCAAGUGCUCUCUCACGUGUGGCCUGGGAUCCAUCACUCGGAAACGUGCAUGCACAAACCCUGCGCCGGCUUCUGGCGGCCGCGACUGUAAGGGAAACUCGAUCGAUACCCGUGACUGCACAGACGGACCGUGCGCAGCCUGGUCGCACUGGUACGAGGGCGAAUGUUCUGUUACGUGUGGUGAUGGGACACGUGACCGAUUACGUCACUGCAGCACCGGUCGUGACGUCGACUGCCUUGGCAACGCAGCACAGACUGUAAACUGCUCCAGUCAACUUGUUUGCAUUUAAUGUGUAACAAAUAAACUGCAUGAAAUAUAAUAAUAUUAA